UCCCCUGACAGUAAAAAUAUAAAAUUAAAAAAAAUUUCAGUCUGAUUUUCAGUCGAGCAAGGUUGUGGGACUAUGCCUAAGGAAGUAAAGGAUAAACAAUAUGCCGUUUGUGAUAAAUCCUUGUGCAAUACUAAAAAAUUUUUUGAUCAAACUUUUUCGUGUUUGAAUAAAGGAAAGGAAGAGGGGAAUCAUAAGAAGGGAUUAAAGAGAUGUAAUGGGGAAUGUUUUGUUUAUAGACAUUCUGAUGGGAAGGUUGAGAAAGGUUGUGGAACUUGCAAAGGAAAGGAUUCUAAAGAUUGUUAUGCUUGCAAAAAGGAUUAUUGUAACGAAGAAAAAAAUGUUUAUAAACAUUGUUGGGAAAAUAAUGGAAAGAUUUGCAAAAAUAAAUAUAAUGAGGAGUGCUUUACUGAGAGAACAAAGACAAAUGGAGUAAAUAAAGGCUGCGGAAUUUGUCCUAGCAAAGCAUGCGAGACAUGCAAUAAAAACCGGUGUAAUGAUGGGCUAGGCUUAAAAUAUUAUUGUAGAAGCAAGGAAGUUUUGAAGAACAAAAACGGUGUGAAAGAAUGUGAUAAACCUGAAUGUUACAUUAAAGCUUUGAAUGAAAGUAGAAAUGAGUUUGAUUUUGGCUGUGGAAAUUGUGAAAUUUCGGACUUAAACUGUGCCCAAUGCAAUCAUGGGGCUUUAUGUAAUAAUGAAUUAUUCUUCAAGAGUGUAAUAUAUUGUUGGGAGAAGGAUUUGAAUAACCCAAAACCUCUUAGUGUAAAAACAGAAUGUAAAAGUGAAUGUUUUGUGUUAAGGGAUUUAAAUGGAAAAGUUAAACAAGGCUGUGGCAAAUGUCCAGAUAAUGACCCCAAAUCUGACUGCAAAAAUUGUAAAAAAAGAUAUUGUAAUGUAGAAAGUCUUGUUCCAAAACAAUGUUGGACUAACAAUGGGAAUAUUUGUAAAACAUCUUUUGAAACUCCUUGUUUUGUGGAGAAAAUGUCAAAUAAUACAGGCAUUAAUUAUUAA